AUGGAGCACUUUUCCAAAACGUCGUAUCUUAUCCCAAUAUUGCAGUCGCAAGACUAUGAGGUUGUCCCAUUUUGGGGGCGAAUCCGCAAGUCCAGCGGCGAAGACUUCUUCUUUUCUGAGACUCUCGCAACAGAGUCGACGAUACCAUACUGCUUGAUGCUAAAGAAAGCAACUCUUCCGACAUUGGUAGAGACAUCAGAAGUCAAUCCUGCCAUACAUUCAAAGAGCCAGUCUGUUCACUCUUACGAGAAUACGCCUCCGCAUUUAAUCACCUUGUUUGAAUUAUCCAGCCCGGGUGUCUGCUCGCAUCCGUCCACAGCCCAUGGCGGGCUUUUGUCAACUAUUUUUGACGAAGCCAUGGCCCAUACGCUGGCUGUGCACUUCUCAACUGAUCCAGAAAAGAUCGACGACGUAAGGAGAACUCUAUUGACGUCGAAACUCGAAGUGGGAUUCAAACGUCCAGUCCGGACUCCAGGGUUGUUGAUAGUUAAAUCAUGGUGUGUAGCAUACAAUGGACGGAAGCAUUGGAUGAGGGCACAAGCUGUUCAAAUAGAACCUGUCGAGGGCCAAGCACAGGGACGAGAAGAAGUCAAGUUGGAGGCGUCUGGGUUGUGGAUAAAGACGAGUUCUAAAUUAUAA